CGGGGCAAAACAGUGAAACACUGAAAUGACCCGUUAAUUAAAUCGGUUCGACCCGUUAGUCAUUGAAUAGACAACUUCCCAAGAGUCAGAAUUCUCAGUGACUGUUUUAUAGGUUAAUUAAUCACUAAAAGUAAGGAGAAAAAUCACAAAAUGGCGAGGAGGCGAUUGUUGCUGUUAUUAAAACCAUUCGAUGUGUUACCAACACACCAAUUUGAUAACAUUUCUAAUUUCAGAAACCCUAAGUCUGAUGCUCCACUAGGAUGAGACUUCUUCUCCUGCAGUUAUUGCAGGUAUUGAAAUAUCUAGACAGUAGAUGUCUGGUCCACAAGGAGGCUAUAAACUUCUGUCAGAACAUUUUGAGGAAAAAGCUUGUCGAUUGGGAAGCAGUCUAUCGUUUUAAUCUAUGUCAGCCAAUCCGUGAUGUAGAUUUAGUAGUUACUAUAGGAGGAGAUGGUACAUUACUGCAGGCAAGCCAUUUUAUGGACGAUUCGAUUCCUGUUCUAGGAGUAAAUUCUGACCCAACUCAAGCAAAAGAGGUUGAAGAAUACAAUGAAGAAUUUGACGCUACAAGGAGUACAGGAUAUCUUUGUGCGGCAACUGUCAAGAACUUUGAACAAAUAAUAGAUGAUAUCCUUGAAAAUCGUGCUAGACCUUCUGAAGUCUCAAGGAUGUCAAUCACUCUCAACUCAAAGCACCUGCCAACUUACGCACUUAAUGAUGUUUUAAUUGCCCAUCCUUGUCCUGCUACAGUUUCCCGAUUCUCAUUCAGAACAAAGAAAGAGGACCAGUCUUGUUCUUCGUUGGUGCAUUGCAGAUCAAGUGGACUUAGAGUGUCAACAGCUGCUGGGUCAACAGCUGCAAUGCUCUCAACAGGUGGAUUUGCAAUGCCAGUUUUAUCCAAAGAUCUCCAGUAUAUAGUGAGAGAACCCAUUGCUCCUGGACUUUACAAUAGUCUGAUGCACGGCACCGUGAAGCCUGAGGAGUUGAUGGAGAUUGCAUGGUAUUGCAAAGAAGGGCUGAUUUAUAUCGAUGGCUCUCAUCUAGUCCACUCAGUUCAACAUGGGGAUAUCAUUGAACUCUCUUCCAAAGCUCCAAAGUUGAAAGUUUUCUUGCCAUCCCACCUGAUAUCGUGAGAGUACAUAACAGAAUCAGUUCUUGUAAAUUUAUCUUCAUGAAGGUGUAAGGGUUGAGCGGAUCCUCCGUUUUAACUCUUGUAACCUUUUCAUGCUAGUGCAAAAUGCUUGAUGGUGGUAGUUUUACACUUCCUCAGCUCGUAGGCUGCAGGAAGACGGUUGUGCCUAGGCAUCUGCUCUCUAGACUUAUAACUCCAGAUACCCUAUUACUAGGAGAUGUGGAUCACACUUCAAAGUAGUUCUGAUCUUGCAAAAGAGGUAGUUUCAGCUUGAAGAGGCUUAUAGACUGAUAAUAUCGAUGUGUUCGAGUUGAGUCCUCCUUAGUGUAGUGUUAUGAGGGUUAUGUAGGCCCGGAGUUACACACAACACACACUAAAUCGAUUGGAAAAGAGCAGUAUCUUCUGGUGCAGUUAUGAUGGAGCUUGUGUAGUUUGUGGGUUUCAUCCUUAUUGUUGGAGUACUUUAUCUGUAGGCUAUAAUAUGUGCUGUCUGUCCAGAAGAAGUCCGAGGGAACUUGAUCAUUAGAAAUUUGCUCUGAAAAUUUUCUGGCAUUGAAGAUAUAAAGGGAUAUAAUGCAUGGACACUGCAUAUUUGAGAAAACAAGCAUUCCGUAUGGUUC